CCAGAAGAAGUAACUGUUUUUUUUGUUGUUGUUGUUGAUCUGUUCAUUCAUGUCACUCACGGCCAUGUGUAGGCUCUCGGUCUGCACAUUCUAUAAGAUUACUUGCUCCCUUGGAUAGCCCCCUAGGAGUUGUUGGACAUAGCCGAUCGAUGCCUUGCUUAAACACCCGGCUGGGCGAUAUACCAAACCCAAAACCACCCUCCCAGUGUAACCUCAGAUUCUCGCCGCGGGCUCGUUAUCGUUAAAACGCCCAGCGCUCCCAUGCAAAAACGGCUGCACAGCUUCACCAGCUAGCUGAAACUACUAGCCCCAACAGCCCCCGCCUCUACUCCUCGCUUCCGGCACGUGUCCCGUCGCUUCUGCUUGCGAGUUGCAGACGGCUCGACGACCCAUCGAUCGAUCGACCGUGUCUUCUUCUUGCCGGCGGCGGAGACGAGCGAGCUGCUGUCAGGUCGGCUGCUAGCUGCUAGCUGCUGCAGGCGGCAGCCAUGGCGCACGGGAUCAUCGGGAGCCACUACCACUCCAUGUUGGCGUCGCGCGUGGGCAUGGUCGCGCACGUGCUGUUCCUGACCACCGCCGUGCUCAUGCUCGUCUGGCUGCUGCACUACCGCGGCGGCAUCAACAUACAGUCCGAGGACCCCGAGCAGAUUUUCAAUGUUCAUCCAUUUGUGAUGUCCUGGGGGUUCAUUCUUCUGAUUGGAGAAGCAAUCCUGGCAUACUCGACGAUCCCUUCGCACAUAGACCACCGGACGCAGAAGAUGGCGCACAUGCUGAUCCACCUGGUGGGGCUCAUCCUGGCCAUCUUCGGCGUGUACGCGGCGUUCAAGUUCCACGACGCGGCCGUGGCGCCGGACCUGACGAGCCUCCACUCGUGGCUCGGCAUCGCCGCCGUCGCGCUCUUCGGCCUGCAGUGGCUGUUCGGCUUCGUCACCUUCUGGCUGCCCGCCGCGCACGCCGACACCCGCGCCGCCGCGGCCCCCGCGCACGUCAUGGCCGGCCUGGCCAUCUUCAUGCUCGCCGUGUGCGCCGCGCAGACCGGCCUCGUGGAGAAGAGCGCCGCGGCCGCCUCCGCCGCCGAGCUGAAGCUCAUCAACGUCACGGGGAUCUUCAUCCUCCUCUACGGGCUCACUGUGGCGUCCGCCGUCGCGCUGCGCAAGGCAUUCUUGUGCGCGCGUCUGUUUGCUCGGUCGGCGCUCCGCAUCUCGCUCGCGCGCGUUCCGCCGUUGACGUGACACGGUUGGUGUUUCCCUCGUACACGCG